GUGACUAGUGACACCACAAACCUCCUUCCAACAACUCCAUUCUAGCAUCUACCAGCAGUCAGUGUGCACAGUAACUAGUGAAUGGGGGCGCGUGGAGUGUAGCAGUGCUGACAGGAGGUAAAUCUGUAGGAGAACCACAUAUCAUGUCAGCAUGGGAGUUCAAGGACUUUGGAAGCUGCUUGAAUGUUCUGGAAGACCUGUAAAUCCAGAGACUCUGGAAGGGAAAAUCCUUGCUGUUGACAUCAGCAUUUGGUUGAAUCAGGCAAUAAAAGGAGCAAGAGACCGGCAUGGAAAUGCUCUUCAAAAUGCUCAUCUGCUCACUUUAUUCCAUCGGCUUUGUAAGCUGUUGUUCUUCAGAAUACGUCCCAUCUUUGUGUUUGAUGGUGAAGCACCUCUGCUAAAGAAACAGACUCUUGCAAGAAGAAGACAAAAGAAAGACACAGCGGCUAGUGAGGCCAAGAGAACAAAUGAGAAGUUGCUGAAAACCUUUUUGAAGAGACAAGCUAUUAAAGCUGCCUUGUCGGGGAGCAAACAGAGAAAUGAAGAGUUUCCAAGCCUCCCAAAUGUACAGCGAAAGGAAGAGGAAGAUAUUUAUACCUUACCCCCCUUGGAGGAAAAUGAGAGAAAUAGCUCCGAAGAGGAAGAAGAAAAGGAAUGGGAAGAACGAAUGACUCAAAAACGAAUGCUUCAGGAUGAAAUCUUGGCCAAUUUUAAUUCAGUGGACAUAGACUCCGAAGAAUUUACUAGCCUCCCUGCAGAGGUAAAGCAUGAAAUGCUGACUGACAUGAAGGAGUUUGCAAAACGUAGAAGGACAUUAUAUGAAGUUAUGCCAGAGGACUCCAAUGAUUUUUCCCAGUAUCAGCUAAAAGGACUGCUGAAAAAAAAUAAUUUGAGCAGGUGCCUUGAUAACGUGCGGAAAGAGAUGAACCAGCAGUACACGGGGGAGGUCCGCGCUCAGUUUGAGACAGAAGGGGGGUUUAUGAAAGAGGUUGAAACUCGCCGUCUGGUCUCAGAGGACACUUCUCAUUAUAUUCUAAUUAAAGGAAUUCAAAAAAAAGCAGAAGAUAAGAAAGAUGAUGUGCCCGAGCAAGCUAUGCCCUCUAGUUCUAGUGAUAUGCCAAAAACCUACCUUGAUAUGAAGCUUGCUUCUGCCCAUAAAUCGAAGAAAGCAAAGGACAGCAUUCCAGAAGAGCGGCCACCCUCCCCAAGAACACUUUUUGCUAUACAGGAAGCAAUGAUGGAAAGUAACUCUGAUGAAGAACCUCAUAACAGUGGUGUAACCCAAAGCAAUGAAAUGGCAUCUGUGGGGGCAAUAGAUGGCAGUGUCUCGCCCAGAACCCUGCAAGCAAUUCAAGAGGCUCUUACUGAAGAUAAAAUGGCUUCGAGCAGGAAAAGGCCUGUUGGGAUAAAUGAUGGAAAGGAUGAGUUAAAGAUCUGGCAACCCAAAGCCAAGGUUUUGAUUAUUAGUAGCUCAGAUGAGGAAGAUAAAGACUUGGUUAUUGAGAGUGAAACAAAAACUGCCCUGGGUAUAUUUAAAGCAAGUAAUGAGGUAGACUGUUCUACCAAUGGUCUUACGAGUAGCAAUGAUAAAUCAAUAGUCAGUAGUUUGGUGUCUGUUACAAACCAUGGUGAGCUACCUCACAAAGUAAAUGUGACCAAAGCAGACGAAAAAGAUCUGAACAUGCAGGAAAAGAAAACUCCUCUCUGUUCUCAGGAUACACCUGUUGAGACAGCCGUGUUAAAUAUUUCCAGUCAUAGUAACAUACCAGUGUCUAUAACUCCUUCACUUCAGAGCAACCUUCAAGAUCCAUCCAGUAGUAUAGCUACUCCAAUUUCCUUGGAAUUGGAGAACUCUAAAUUAAAGUUGAGUGAAAAAACUGAUGAUGAACUUAACCCCAGCAAAAAUGAAACUGCCCUCCAGUCUUCACCAUCAGAGUCUUCGGGUUCUUCAUCACUGGUCAUACAGAAUAACCCAGUGUUGGUGGUGCCACCACAGCAGAAGGCCAUUGCUACUGCUUGUAGGCAAGAACAAUCUACUGCUAAUGUUCCAGAUACAAAUUAUGUCCCUAUGACUCCAGAAAGCAUUCCUAUUAUUGAUGAAGUAUUGGAUAGAGCUAAAGAAAUGGAUUCAGACUCUGAGGGUAGUUUCAUUGAAGUAGAAAGUGAUUCAGAUGAUAGUAAUUCUCAGCAAGUACAAACAACUGAAUCUCCCAAAGAUACAAUGGAAAGGCAAGUGGGUGAUUUCACCAAGGCAGCAUCCACCUCUGCCACUCCGAUCGAAAACACCUCCAGAGAAGAUGAGCGGGCAAAUGUUCAGAAUCCUGAACUACAGCAAAAUGAGGGAGAGGCCGAAUCCAAUGAGUGGCAAGACAUUAGUAUGGAAGAACUGGAGUCGCUGGAGAAUAAUCUGUUUGUUCAGCAGACCUCGCUGCAGGCACAGAGGCAGCAGCAGGAACGUGUUGCUGCGUCUGUGACAGGACAGAUGUACCUAGAAAGUCAGGAACUUUUGCGUCUGUUUGGUAUUCCUUACAUUGUGGCUCCUAUGGAGGCAGAAGCUCAGUGUGCCAUUUUAGACCUGAUGGACCAGACCUCUGGCACUAUCACAGACGAUAGUGAUAUCUGGCUUUUUGGGGCACGACAUGUCUACAAAAAUUUCUUUUCUCAAAAUAAAUAUGUGGAAUAUUACCAGUUGUGUGAUAUUCAGAAUCAGCUGGGUAAGUAAAUUAGAAGCCUUUAGCUAGAAAAAUGGCUGGCAUUUAUUGCAGUCUUGGGUAUAGAGAGUGACAAUCCUUUGUAUGCAACAAUUUGCUUACACAUCCGUGUCUACAAAUACUCUUACCACAUUAAACAUGU